AUGAACAUUAGAUAACCACUAUAAUCUUAUAAUUCAGUAGAGAGAAACCCUGAGAAAUCAUGCAAGUCAAUUUCAGAAAUCGAGACAUUCCUCAAAGAAAUAGACAGAUUGUAAGGAGAGAAUCAAAAAUUGAAAGAUCGCCUUAAAUAAUAGCCUUCAAUUUCAAUGACUAUGGAAAAUCAAAAGGUUCUUGCUGAGAAUCAAGAUCUAAAAAAUCAAUUAGAGUUACUCUAACAUAAAAAUGAAGCUCUAGAGAAGACACAUUCAGAUGCCUUAAGACAAUUAGAUAUAAAUUGGAAAUAAGAUGUGGCCACCUUAAAGUUUCAAUUGGAACAAUAGGAGAUUAACCACAGAUAAAGUUUAAGAUAAGAAACAAUGUAAUACAAAUAGGAAAUAGCAAAGUUGUAAUAAUGCCUGUCCAAAAUUUCUAGCGUUGAAAAUAACAAUUAGAAUUUAGUCUAAGUUUUGGAAGAUGAGGUGAUUCAAGUGAAGUAGAUUAAUAAUGCCCUAGAAGAAAAGUUGGAAUAGGCUAUUUCCUAAUUUGACCUCCAAUCAAAAGACUAAGAAUUUACUUUGAUGAAAUAAUAGACAAUUAUAAAUUCUUAGGAAUAAUAUCUAAAUGAACUGAAAUCUAAGCUUCAGAUCCAAAAAGAUUAGAAUCUUGAUUUGCUAUCAACUGUCAAAAAAUUGAAGGAAUUGGCUGAUAACAAAACUAUGCAAGCUUCAAGUCUAAGCAUUAGAGUCAAAGAAUUGGAAAGUGAUUUUAAGCAUGUGAGUUGUACUUACUAAGAACAUAAAACCUAAUUGUAAUAAAGAGUUGAUGAUUUGAUUUAAUUAACUGGGAAAUAAUCUGAAUAAAUAUGUUUACUUCAGACUUAAUAAUAAAGAGAUCAGGAAUUGAUUAAGAGAUUGCAAAUCAAUCUAGAAUAUGAGUAGAAAAAUAAGGAAAUGGAAUUGAAGGAGAUUCAAGAAUCAAAAGCUAAGCUGAUUCAAUUUUUAUAAUAGGAAUUACUUUAAUAGAAGGAGUAGAAUCAUUAAUUCAAAAGUGACAAUCAGAAUUUGGAUAAAUAAUUGAAUGAAUUGAAACAAUUCUAUCAAUACCACUUCAGAGAUUUAGAAUGCAAGACUAAUAUGUUAGAAGGGGAAUGUAAUAGAUUAAAUAAUGUUAUUGCUUAAAAGGAUUAAGAAUUACAAACUGUUGAAAUGAUGAUGAAUAACAAUUCUAAUUGUUAAGAGAGAGAAGAUGAGAAGAUUCAAGAAGUCAUUCAAAUCAAAGAAUAGGAAAUCAACUUGCUGAAGUAGCAAAAUGAAAGUUUGAUCAAUGAUUUAUCAAGAUAAGCUGACAAUUAUAGACACUUAGCUCUCUAACAUAAACAAUAUUAGAAAUUUGCGGAGGAAGUCAAAAUCAACAAUAUUACUAUAAACGAAUUAUAAAGCAAAUGUGAAUUAUAGGAUAAGGAAAUAGAAAGAUUAAGAAUGAAAGUUCUAGAAAAGUCAUAACAACUUGAAAAAGUGCAGAAGGACAACCUUGAUUAUUAAGCCAAACUCAAAUCCAGAUUGAAAUGA